AAGAAAAUGGCAAAGUCGUUCCUCAUGAUUAACAGCUCCAUGAAUAAUAGUUCAUGGCUUCUCUUAGUGUUAUUCUUUUUCAUUGUGGCUUCAUCUCUAAAAGGAUCGGAAGCGGCAGUGUAUAAUGUGCUGAGCUACGGGGCGAAGCCCGAUGGGAGGGCCGACUCGACCCUAGCAUUCCAAAGAGCAUGGUUGUCGGCAUGUGGGUCGGCCAUGCCGGCCACGGUCUAUGUCCCGCGGGGAAACUUCAUGCUGAGGCCGGUGGUGUUCAGCGGACCGUGCAAGGCUAGGAUCGUGUUUCAGGUCGCGGGGACCCUGAUAGCUCCAUCAAAUUACUGGAGCUUGGGGAAUUCAGGGUAUUGGAUAUUGUUCAUCAAGGUUACAGGGGUUAGGGUUUAUGGAGGGACUCUCAAUGCACAAGGUUCUGGUUACUGGGCUUGCAAGAGCUCUGGCAAGAGUUGCCCUGGGGGAGCUAGGUCGAUAUCGUUCCAGUGGUCGAGCAAUGUCGUGAUCAGUGGCAUAACGUCUGUGAACAGCCAAAUGUUUCACAUCGUGAUUGACAACUGCGUGAAUGUGUUGGUCCGGAACGUGAAGAUAAGAGCGCCGGCACAGAGCCCCAACACCGAUGGCAUCCACAUCCGUUCUUCCACCGGAGUAACCAUUGCCUCCUCCUCCAUCAUGACCGGUGACGACUGCAUCUCCAUCGGUCCAGGAUCCAAGAACAUCUGGAUCCAGCGUAUCGUCUGUGGCCCCGGGCACGGCAUCAGUGUUGGAAGUCUGGGAGAGGAUGCGAAUGAAGAUGGAGUUCAGAAUGUGACAGUGACAGGUGCGGUUUUCAAAGGUACUCAGAAUGGAGUGCGGAUCAAAUCUUGGGGAAGGCCAAGCAAUGGAUUUGCUAGAACCAUUUCUUUCAGGAACAUCCUCAUGAAGAAUGUGUUCAAUCCUAUCAUCAUAGACCAGAAUUACUGUCCAGACAACUCAAAUUGCCCUAAUCAGAAUUCAGGAGUGAAGAUUAGCCGAGUUACCUACAAGAACAUCAGGGGAACAUCGGCCACGCCAGUUGCGAUGAAUUUCGCUUGCAGCCCGACGAAUCCGUGCUGGGGCAUAGCAUUACAGAACAUAGAACUCACGUAUCUUACUACACAAGCCACUUCUUACUGUAAGAAUGCUGGAGGCAGCAGCAGUGGAAUUGUUGUACCGAGAAGCUGUUUCUGAAUUAGAUAGAACUUC